AUGGAUGAUAAACUGCGCAAAGCUCGUCACGCGCGCAUCCGAUCGAUCGUCCGCUCCGCAGUUAAAUUUCUCUAUCCUCUACGUUAUCUACUUCUGAUCGUUAUUACAGUGUUUUUGGUUCUAUUGUUACGUCAACGAAAUCAACAAAUUUUGAACAUCGGAGUUGGACAUUUUGGCGAGCAUUUCGUAGAUUUGCCGCACAAAAGCCGUAGCGUGGAGAAAAUUGAUUACCAUAACUACGAACAGAUACAGAACGAUUUGAACCGCGUUGGCCCAGGUGAACAAGGCAAAGUAGCAACUCUUAGCCCGGAAGAAAGCGACAGCGAGAAGCGGAAGGAGCUUUAUUACCAGAACGGUUUCAACGCUUUACUAAGCGAUAAGAUCAGCAUUAAUCGUUCGAUAGCCGAUUUAAGACACCCAAGUUGCAAACUAAAAUCAUACCUGCGUGAGCUACCAGUGGCAAGCGUGGUAGUUCCUUUCUAUGAGGAACACUGGAGUACUUUGCUCAGAACUAUAUACAGCGUGCUUAACAGGUCACCACCUCAUCUCUUAAAAGAAGUCAUCAUUGUGGACGAUGGCAGCACUAAGGAGUUCCUGCAUGAUAAACUGGAAGACUUCAUUAAAGGACACCUUCCAAAGGUAAAACUGAUACGACAACAGGAGCGUACCGGUCUGAUCAAAGCACGACUUGCUGGGGCGAAAGUUGCUUCUGGCGAUGUUCUUGUGUUUCUCGAUUCGCACACCGAAGCAGGAUAUAAUUGGUUACCUCCGCUGCUAGAACCAAUUGCUGAAAAUCCUAAAACAUGUGUCUGCCCAUUGAUCGAUGUCAUCGACGAUCAAACGUUUGACGUGCAUCCCCAGGAUGAAGGUGGUCGUGGACUUUUCGAUUGGACGUUUCAUUACAAACGCAUUCUGGUUAAAACUGAAAACAGAAUCUCACCGACGGAUCCAUUUCCUAGUCCCAUUAUGGCCGGUGGGCUGUUUGCGAUAGCAGCCGAUUUUUUCUGGGAGCUCGGAGGCUACGACGAUAAGCUUGACAUAUGGGGAGCGGAACAGUACGAAAUAAGCUUUAAAAUCUGGCAGUGUGGGGGUCGUAUGUUAGAUGCUCCUUGUUCCCGUUUUGGACACAUAUACCGCUCGUACAGCCCAUUCCCAAACUCUAGAAAAUACGAUUUUAUCACACGGAAUCACAAACGUGUCGCAGAAAUAUGGAUGGAUGAAUACAAACAGUACAUUUACGAUCGUGAUCCAGAGCGCUACGCCAAAGCGGAUGCAGGAGACAUGACCAAAAUGAAAGCGAUUCGAGCAAAGCUUAACUGCAAACCGUUUAAAUGGUUUCUGCAGGAAGUGGCCCCAGAAAUCAUUGAACUUUAUCCUCCUGUCGAGCCUGAACCAUAUGCUUCUGGUUCCAUUCAGAAUGUCGCCGAUUCUACCAUGUGUAUCGACACAAUGCAACGAGGCCGAGGAAAGCCCAUUGGGUUAUAUCCUUGUUCUAAUAACCUUAAGGAACCAACGAAUCGGAAUCAGUACUUUGUACACAGCUGGCACCGCGAUAUACAGCUCAAGGAUGGCGAAGAAUGUUUCGAUGUCCCGGAGAGUAAACCUCGUUCAGCUGUGACAAUUUUCACGUGUCACAUGCACCAGGGGAACCAAUUUUUCCAAUACGAUCAUAAAACACAACAAAUCAAACGAAAUGGAGUGUGCAUUGAUAGUGAUCCUUUGGCUAAAGAGGUGUUUGUAAAUCCCUGUGAUACUAACAGUAUCACACAACGGUGGAAGUUCGGUUCUGUGAACUUGAAAUUGUUGAAGCAAUGGAAGACGUACGGUGCUAAAUUUAUGUGUCAUCGCAUCAAUUAUUCUAAGAAUUUACCUCAGACGAGCAUUAUCGUACCAUUUUACGACGAACAUUGGACAACACUACUGCGUACCGUGUACAGUAUCAUACGCCGGACACCAUCAACUUUGCUUAAAGAGAUCAUUCUUGUUGACGAUGGCAGUUUGAAGCGUUUCCUCAAGCAGCCUCUGGAUGAUUAUGUAGCAAAAAAUCUAAAGCAUUUGGUUCGCGUCAUUCAUCUGCCAGAACGGAACGGCCUCAUCACGGCCCGGCUAGCAGGUGCGAAAGCAGCCACAGGCGAUGUACUGUUGUUUCUGGAUUCUCACGUCGAAGUGGGUAUCAAUUGGCUUCCACCUUUGCUUGAACCUAUCGCUCACAACUAUCGCACUUGCGUAUGCCCCUUCAUAGAUGUUAUCAAAGAUGAUACAUUUGCGUUUGUAGCACAAGAUGAAGGUGCCCGCGGUGCUUUCGACUGGAAUAUGUUGUACAAACGCUUGCCCCUGCGCCCGGAGGAUCAGAAAGACCCUACUAACCCCUUCCCUAGUCCUGUGAUGGCUGGAGGACUUUUUGCCAUAAGUGCUGAUUUUUUCUGGGAACUCGGUGGAUAUGACGAACAGCUCGAGAUAUGGGGUGCCGAACAAUAUGAGUUAAGUUUCAAAAUUUGGAUGUGUGGAGGUCGCAUGCUGGAUAUCCCAUGUUCGAGGGUUGGUCAUAUUUAUCGCAGCUACUCUCCAUUUCCCAGUGCCAGAACAUAUGACUAUGUGGCUAAAAACCAUAAACGUGUAGCAGAAGUGUGGAUGGAUGAAUACAAACGCUAUGUUUAUGCUAGAGAUCCCAAUCGAUUUGCUAUCGAUGCUGGCGAUCUUUCUAAGAUGCAGCAACUGCGUAAAAAGCUUAAUUGCAAGCCUUUCCGGUGGUUUAUGAAGGAAAUUGCACCAGAUUUGGUCGACCAUUAUCCUCCAAUAGAGCCAGAAGAUUUUGCCUCAGGUGCCGUACAAAAUGAAGCAAACGUGAACCUCUGUAUGGAAGAGAGCGACAGCACUGCCGAGAAACGGAUCGUUUUAUCGCUUUGUGUUAACAAUAAAACAAUUCCUGAACGUUCUGAGCAGCACUUUCGAUUUACUUGGCGUCGCGACGUCAUAGCAGUGCGAUCUUCCAACUGUGUUGAUGUUUCCAAUCAUUUUGUUGGUGCCGAAUUGCAACUAUUUCAUUGUCACAAUCUUCAGGGUAAUCAGAUGUUCCGGUAUGAUGUGGAUACCAAGCAAAUCUUUGUCGGGAAAGAUGAAACAUAUUGUUUUGAAGCUGAUGGGAAAAAUCGAAAACUAUUCCUUAACUACUGUAGUCAAACUGCGGAAUCUCAACGUUGGCGCAUUGGUCAAAUGAACGUAGAACGACUCAGAAAUUGGAAGAAACAUGGGGCAAAAUUUCAAAAGUAA